AUGCCUUUAUCGGCGGCAGGCUUCGACUUUAUCUGUUUUACAUCCCGGUUUCUCGCGGGCAUCGAGGUACCUCUCCAAAAGAUCAAACUCUUGGAUCUCGGUCCAUUUCGCUCUCUGCGCGCCUUCACCGUUCGCGACCGCGCUACUUACCAUCGCUGUCUUGCUUUUGCUGCUGCGUUUGUUGCUCUUGCUCUCGUUUUUCUUGUCCUUGCUCUUCUUGGCGCCCUUGCCGACUUUGUCCACACUCUUCGCGCUCGUGUUGGUGUUUGCCUUACCAACAACGGCGGUGGUCUUCUUGCUGGGCUCCUGCCGGACAAUGGCAGUCAGGUAGAAUGGGGAAGUGUCGGUACAGUGCAAAUUGUGGAAGUGAGAGAGCUGACAAGGGAAAUCCUCUUCUUUUGUGACAUUUGA